AUGAAAUGGCCCGCAGGCACCGCUCUCGCGCGCGCAAACCCCCUUACGGGCCACGGUAGAGCUUCAAUUCAAAUCUCAUCAUGGUCGUGUUCGAGGCGCGUUCACACCAUUCCGCAAUGGCGCCCCAGCUCUGCCCUCGACGAAUGGGUCCAGCGCGAGGCCCGGCCCAUCAGCCUGCGACGCCUGACCUUCUUCGGCAGGACCCUCACCGAGUCCCGUCUCCUCGACUCCGCCAACUACUGCCGCCUCGAGCUUCCUACCAGGAUAGCCCAUCGCCUGCGAGAUAUUCAGACGCUGCCCUACGUCGUGGUCGCGAAUCCUCAUCUCGCCCAUGUCUACGAGCUAUAUCUCCGAGCCUUCGAACGCUUUCGUCGCGUCCCGGAAAUACGGUCGCUGGAGGACAAUGACCAGUACUGCAAUGUCUUGGAAGAGACGCUGAAGGAGCAUGCCACCGUGAUACCCAGGCUUGCCAUUGGCGUGCUCGAGGUGCGAGGCUCCAUGAGGCCCGAGGAGACGGACAGGUUCAUGAACACAAUGCUGAGAUCGAGAAUCUCCCGUCGCGUGAUCGCGGAGCAGCAUCUUUCCCUCACCGAGACCUUCAACUCCCCUUGGCAUUUCCCCAACGCCCAGCCCGUGCAUGACCCAAACGCUGAGGCCGUGGGCGAGAUAUUCCUGAAAUGUAAUGCGAAAGAAAUCGUCGAGCAUUGCGGUAAGACAACGCAGGAGCUCGUCAAGCGCGCCCAUGGCUCGCACCUGCACAUUCCUGAAAUCGAAAUCAAAGGACACCUCGACGCCGCCUUUCCCUACAUCCUGAGUCAUUUGGAGUAUAUCGUCGGCGAGCUUCUGCGGAACUCGAUCCAAGCCGUCAUCGAGCAACGCAAGUUCAAAGACGCCAAACCUCCGCCAAUCGAAGUCUUGAUCUGCGAGACCGCGCAGCAUGUAAUCAUCAGGAUAUCCGAUCAGGGCGGCGGCAUCCCGAAUGAAGUCCUACCGCACCUUUGGAGCUUUAGCAAGGGACCGCGUCGCGAAAAGAGGUUGCAGAAUCUGGCGCGGGUGCCGAAACUCCUGGGCACUCUGCAGGAGUUGCAGAUCCCGGGAGACAACCCACAUGAAGGCCACAAGAAGCACGGCAAGAAGCAUAAGCAUGGUGAAUCAAGCCAACAACACGGUUCUCUGUCCACCCUCACGAGCCGACCGCCGGACCUCCGCCUUGGUAUUGGCUUGCCCAUGUCUAGAGUGUAUGCCGAAUAUUGGGCUGGUAGCCUCGAAAUCCACAGCCUUGAAGGCUUUGGCGUUGAUGCUUUCUUGCAGAUCUCUAAGCUCGGCAACAAAAAUGAACGCCUAACCACACGUGCUACUAUGGACGCGAUCUAG